GCCAACUGUGUGUUAUCAAAUGGAAGGAUAUCUAUGCAAAAACACCUAUAAAUUAAAGCCCUCACCCUCAUUUAUAAUUAUCUUAUUACAUACAUUGCCAAAUACACUUAAUUAGUCAUAUAUCAUUUUUUUUUCUUCUCUAGUAAGCUAGAUCAUUCUCUUGACCAUGUCUACUGCUAGGAAAAGCCGUGGUCGCCAAAAGAUUGAGAUGAAAAAGAUGAGCAAUGAGAGCAACCUCCAAGUCACAUUUUCCAAGCGCCGUGGUGGAUUGUUUAACAAAGCUAGUGAACUUUGCACUCUCUGUGGUGCUGAAGUGGCAAUCAUCGUGUUUUCCCCAGGACAGAAGGUCUUCUCCUUUGGCCACCCAAGCGUUCAAACAAUCAUAGAUCGUUACCUCAUGCAUGCGUCGAUGCAUAACUCAUCAGGCACCAUGCAGUUCAUCGAGGCCCAGCGAAGUGCUAGUGUGUGUGAGCUGAACGAGCAGCUCACACGAAUUAGCAACCAGCUGGACGUCGAAAAAAAACGUAGCAACGAACUGAGCCGCCUUCAAAAAACUGUCAUGACACAGUUUUGGUGGGCUUUGUCCAUUGAAAAUAUGGACAAGACCCAACUUAACCAACUGAAGGCGGCUUUAGAAAAACUCAAGAAGAGUGUUAUGUACUAUGCUGAAAAGCUCCAUAUUCAAGGCAUUGUUGCUAACCCUCCUCAGCCACUCCUUGGUUUGCCAUCUUCAAGUGAUGUGGUGCAUCAUCACCAACCUCCUUUCCCACCACCAACAACUCAUCAUGUGCCUCAACUUUUCGCUUCCCAUAUUCGUCAACCUCUGAUGCUUAACGGCGAGAACCGUUUGAUGCAUAAUCCCAUGUUUGCUGAUUGGAGCAUGUUGCACCAACAUGGUUUUAACAUCAACACUGGUAUGGGAGGGUUUGGAAAUAUGGGUGGAUUGUUUUGAAUUUCUAUUAUUCAUAAAAAUAAAUAUUAUAAGUACUACUUUUACUUAUA